AUGGGAGCGGUAGAUGAAAAGACCUUGAAAGGAAUCAAGAACAAGCAGAAGAGACAGCAAUUAUUUGCUCAGCUCAAACAUGAACAUAACAAAACUCGUCAUAAGGAUCGUCAAGCAAGAGCACGUGAAGAGAGGGAGAAUCCUGAACUGAAGGAGAAGAGACUUGCAGAAAACGUUCCUGAAACAAUUGAUUCCAAGAGGGUUUACGAUGAGACAACAAAUGUGGAUAUGGAGGGUGAAGAUAACUUCGACAGCUAUUUCAAAGAAGGUAAAGAGCCGAAAGUUUUGGUCACUACAAAUGCAAAUGCGAAAAAGUCGGCAUACGAAUUUGCUGCAAUGAUGGUUGAAAUAAUACCAAACACUUCUUUUGUGAAGAGACAGAGAAAAUAUACGAUAAAAGAUAUGGCUGAGUACUGUUCGAACCGAGAUUUUACAGAUUUGAUUGUUAUUAACGAAGAUAAGAAAGUGGUGAAUGGAAUAACAUUUGUACAUUUACCUGAAGGACCUACUUUUUAUUUCAGCAUCACUUCAUUGAUAGAAAGAAAAAAGAUUACCGGUCACGGACAACCAACAGGGCACGUGCCAGAACUUGUUUUGAAUAACUUCACAACGAGAUUGGGUCAAUCUGUCGCAAGACUAUUUCAGUCACUUUUCCCACAUAGACCGGAAUUUGAAGGUAGACAAGUGGUGACUUUACACAACCAGAGAGAUUAUAUUUUUUUCAGAAUGCACCGUUACGUUUUCAGGAAUGAGGAGAAGGUUGGACUUCAAGAGCUUGGUCCACAGUUUACUUUGAAGCUCAGAAGAAUCCAGAAGGGCAUUAGACAAGACAUUGACUGGGAGUACAAAACGGAGUUAGAGAAGGACAAGAGGCGGUUCUAUUUGUAG